AUGAUGGGCAUCACCAAGCCCCGUGCCCCCGCGCCUUUCUCAGUGGUUCCCAGCUUGGCCCCUGACGCGCGCACCAGCGCCAUCAGCACCAGCAGCGGUGGCGCAGGGUCCCCUGGUGCGGGGCUGCGGCUUCCGCCGGUGUCGCCGCGGUCGCCCAGGUCGCAGAACAGCGACGAUCGAAGCCCGCGGGAGCGCGGCCUGCUAGGAUCCCCCAGGCGACGGAGGUCGCUGAGGACCACCGCUACGGAUUUGCCCGAGGUGGAAGACCGGUCGCCCCGGGGGGCAGUGAAGGAGUUGCAGAAACAGCGAGAAAGACGAAGGAGCAGUGUUACCUUUCUCCAAGAUGACUUGCCAUCUACCGAAGGCUCACCGCCACCGGCGACACAACUCUCCAGCUCCGUGAAAAGCGUCACAUUGGAUGACGACGCCACCGGCUCCAAAGUCCAUUAUGUUCCGAAGAAGAAGAAAGCCCGCAGCACAGCCUCCUGCACUUCUGCGGAGAUGGUGGCGAAGAGUGCCGUGAAGGAAGUGAGCGACACAUCCUCCAGUGUGAAGAAGGGAGGCCGCGUUGUCCUGGGAGUGGUCGGUGGCUCUUCGCGAAGCGAGAGGAUCGAGCAGGCCUCGGAGCGCGGCACGCGCAAGGUGGAGAAGGCCGGCAGCGCGGGUGUGGCGGCCGCAGCGCCGCCGCGGCGAAGCAGCCGUGACGAUGGGCGGGAGGGGUUGGGCCAGGUGACUGGAACUUGGGACGUGGAGGCUGAACAUUGGAUGCCUCCUGCGAAUGAAGAGCCAGAGGCGGUGCCUAUGGUGCCUCCUGCGAUUGAAGAACCAGAGGCGGAACCAGACUUGGAAAUGUGGCAAUUGCAGGAGCGGAAGUUGCAAGCCGCAAUGGAGACGCUUGGUGGUUAUUGGCUCAGAAAAGCAACAAACACCCUGGAUGAAUGGAUGAAGGAAAUUUGUUUUCUGGUUGGAGUUGGUCUUCUGGAAUUGGGAGCCGGGCGCGUGCGCAUGGGCCUCAGCGCUUUAGAGGUGGAUCCGACAGAAGAAGAGAAACGGGAAGAAAGCCAGCUGCAGCGCGAGCUGCAGGAGAAGAACUUCACCGACCGACACGCACUAGCCUAUUGCCUGGUGAAAAAGUUGGGAUCGCUUAGCAACGCCUUUAAAUAUUUGACAUCGCGGCAAGAGAAGUUCUCAAAGGUGACUUGGGAAACUGCUCUACUGGUACUGCAUCUUCACGUGGUACUACUCACUGGACGAAAUAAAAAUGAGAUAUUCCAAGAGAUGAGCGAAGAUGAUCAGACCGUCACCAGAGAAAGUUGGGACCUCUACUUCGCGGGGAUUGAAAUGGAUGGAGAGGGCCUCCCACGGCUCCCCGUGCCGCCGCCGACGCAGCCGCCCACGCAGCCGCCCACACAGCCCCCGGCGGCGCGGCGACGACCAAAGGAUCCAAAGGAUUCGUCCGCCGCAGGGUCGGCGAAGGAUCAAACAGAGCUGACAGCUAUGGAGGUGGACCCAGUUGCUCCCACUAUGCCAGCAGCGGCGAGACCCACCGUGCCCGUGCCCAGCGUGUCCAGGGAGGAGCCGCCCGCGGCACGACGAAGGUCCCUGAGGCGGGAAGACACUCGUAAGCUGGAGCGUCGUCGCAGCAGCACCCGGCGGCCCAGUGGGCCCAGCGGGCCCAGCGCCGAGAAGUUGGAGUCGGCGCCGGUGGAGCUGCAACCCGUGGAAGAUGAGGAGGAAUUUCUGGAGCGGAUUUCGAAGAUGCUGCAAGAGAUGACCCCAGACUGCGAGGUCUUCAACGAAGGCAUGACUCGGCAGCAAAAGGCCGUUCUGAUGGCUAAAGCACGUGAGAGGAAUCUGACAGCCCCAGCCUGGAAACAAGGACUUCUGCUCCUUCAAGAGGAUCAGCUCUCCAAGAAACUCCGUGAGGAUAUGGAAUCGUUAGCCUGCGGCUUAUCUCCCGUCCAAGUACCCAGGUCUUUAGAAAACUUCGCCGGCGUCAUCGCUGAAGAGCGGGGCGUGGUCAUGACGCAUCGCAGCAGCGUGGAUGAGGACACCCUGGUCAUCGACAUGUUGAAGGAAGAGGGCAGUAAUGAAGAGCUGCUCAGGGUGGCUGAGGCGUUUCUGCGGCAGCUGGCGGAGGGCGAGAUCCGGUCCCUGGCCUUGCCGGCGACCUCGCGCUUCCGCUCGGCGCUGGUGAAGGUUGCAAAGGAUUUGCAACUACCAUCAGCCACAGCACCAGAUGGACAUCUGCAAAUUGGCAAUUUGCAUGUAUUCCUCAAUGACCUGGACUCCAUCAUCGACAACUUGGAGGAGGAUCAGGAGCACGACUUCGGGCCGGAUCUGCAUUUGCUACAGCGGCAGUUGGUUCGUGAGAAAUCCAUCAAAGCUGGUUUAAAAGUGACAGAGGAUGACACUGUCAAGAUCCGACGAAUGGCUCAGUUUAUGUUGGACUCCAAACUCUCCUUGGAGGAGAAGAGGCAGCUGGGAGGAGAAGCCGUUUUUACCAGGUAUGCGACUGGGAGGUUGGCGCAUCAGAUCUUCUUGCGAAGAAGUGACCUGAAUGGGCUCUUGGUGGAUAGCCCUCCUGGCAUCGGUGAACGCCUGGAGGAUUUUCGUGCGCGCAUCGGGCAGGUCUUUGAUGACACCCUGCAGCUGCAACUGGAUGUGCUGGGACAAAACUAUGGCCUUUCGAAGGAGUAUUUCCAAGUUUUUCUGACAAAGGCCUCGAAUGAACUCUCAUGGAGGCCGACGACGGACGUCUUGGAAGCCUUCAUGGAGCAAAAUGACAAAUCUGAGCCCACAUACCUCACUUAG